UAUAGAGUGUAUAUCAGAUUAGUUUAAUGUUGUCAUUGAAAGUGCUUUUCUUUCAAAAUUGUGGAAAUUUUAAAGUGACCCCAAACUUUUGAACGGUAGUGUACAUUAGAGUAGGCGGUAUACCGAAAAUUUACCGUUGACGAAAUUCUUCACGAUGACGGACGUAAUUUUGACCAUGUCGGUAAAUUCGGUAAUUUAAUAAAACAAGAAAAUAUAGUCUUUUCAUCCUGCUUUAAACUUGACGGUUCGGUUAGUUCAUUCCCCUUUAAGUAAACAGUCAGUGUGCUUACGUAUGAAGUCACAUGGUUAUCAGGAAAUCAAACAAAAAGAAGCCCGGUAGGCUAACACUAGCGGCUAACGCUACAAUCAAACGUGAUGGAGUCGGGCUUAAGGGAGCUUCGCCAAAAAAUUCACCUGACAUUAAGUAGACUCUCGGCGGCCUCCAGACAGGGUUUUACCCGCUGUCCUCUCUGGUUCUCACGAUUUCAGGAGAGGGUGCUUUCAGUGCUUUCUACUGGUAGCCAGCUCACAGGAUAACGCUAGCCGCUAACGCUACAAAUGAACGUGAUGAGUCGGAUAACGGCUCUAACCUUGCCAAAAUGGCUGAACUUAAUGAGUGGAUUGGGCAUGGACUGCAUCUAGCAAUCACAAACUCCUCUUCUUCCUCGUCUUCCUCCUUUACUGGCAAGGUGACCAAACAGGACCUCCUCUCAGCGUCCUUUUGGGGCGGGAAGCAAAAAUUAGGGGCCUGUGUUGGGGGGCAGUCUAACAGGUGGCCCGAUAGCAAGUAAUCUGGGAAAAUCCGGGGAAAAAGGGGACUCGUGGUGAGGUGGUCAGACCAUGGAUCUGUCCAGGAGCUGCCGACUGCUCCUUCUUGUGCAAGCGCUUCUCAUCGCCUCUGCUCAGAGGGGCCCGGUGGGUCCCAGAGGCCCCCCGGGACCACCCGGAAUAGCUGGUGUACCCGGUGUGGAUGGAAUUGAUGGUGAAAGAGGAGUGGACUCAAAAGUGAACGGUGGACCAGGUCCUCCUGGGGAAAAUGGAAAAGACGGGGCCCCUGGAGCUUCCGGGCUUCCGGGAGCAGAUGGACCUGUGGGACCACCUGGAGAUCGCGGUUCAGCAGGUGUAAAAGGACCAAAAGGCGAUCCUGGACCACCAGGCCCGGCAGGUGAGCCUGGUGUGGGACCAGACGGCUUGGAUGGAAUCCCAGGGACUGAUGGACUCCCAGGAGAAAUGGGAAAAAUGGGCCCCCCUGGAGUCAGAGGCAAGAGGGGUCAAGUGGGUGCGAGUGGACCCGCGGGACCUCGGGGUCCACCGGGAGUUUAUCAAGGACAAGAACUGUGCCCUAGCGCUUGUCCAGCUGGACUGUCAGGACACGCCGGAUUGCCUGGCAUGAAAGGUCACAAAGGUGUGAAGGGUGAGUCCGGAGAGCCCGGUCGACAAGGGCACAAGGGUGAAGAGGGGGAACAAGGACCACAGGGAGAAGUUGGAUCGCAAGGACUUCCAGGCCCAGGCGGAAGCAAGGGCCUGGCAGGAAUAAUGGGCUCCAAAGGCGAAAGGGGACCCCGAGGAAAGCCCGGCGACUUGGGACCACAGGGCCGCCAAGGAGCGCCGGGGGAUAUCGGCCAAAGAGGAGCCAUCGGGGAGACUGGACCUAGCGGGUUGCAGGGGGAUCAAGGUCCUUCUGGGAUCAGAGGACCACCAGGACCAAAGGGAGAAGCUGGCCUUCCUGGUCCGGAUGGUAGGGAGGGAAUACCUGGGCUUCCUGGCUCCAAGGGCCUUCCUGGCAAAAACGGGGCACCGGGCGACGCUGGACUACAAGGUCUUCCCGGGGUCCCAGGUUCUUUCGGCCAAAAAGGAGUCAGCGGUCCCAAGGGAGUCACGGGUGAUCCUGGUGUCGCGGGACUGAUGGGGUCUCCGGGAAAACAAGGCGAACGUGGUGACCAGGGUGAGGUGGGACCCGUUGGACCUCGAGGAGGACCUGGUGAACGAGGAGAACGAGGGCCUGGGGGACCAAUGGGGGCACCUGGAGGACGGGGUAUCAAAGGUGACGUGGGUCUUCCUGGACUCCCAGGACCGGCAGGUUAUCGAGGCCAGAAGGGCGACAGGGGUGCGGUGGGUCUGGAUGGUCCGAAGGGAGAGCAGGGACCUCCAGGUGCCGAAGGAUCGCCAGGGUAUCGAGGAGAUCUGGGCGAUCAAGGAGAGCCAGGCGAGAAAGGAGCGAUGGGCCCGCCGGGAGAGACUGGAAACAAAGGACCGGAAGGUGGCAGAGGACAGCAGGGCAAGGAGGGCGAACCGGGCCAAGCGGGACCGCGAGGCAUGCAGGGUGACAUGGGCAUGCCGGGGCUGCCCGGCCCUCAGGGAUCCCGGGGCAAGUCACCAACAGACACGCACAUCAAACAAGUCUGCAUGAGAGUCAUGCAAGAGCAGCUGGCCCAGCUGGCGGCUAGUCUGAGUCGACCUGAGUCGGGAGUCGCAGGAAUCCCUGGCCCCCCAGGCCCGCCCGGACCCCCGGGCCCAAGUGGUGAAAACGGUUUUCCCGGUCACACCGGAUCCCGAGGGUUGCCCGGUCUCAAGGGUCCACCUGGACUACUUGGCCGCAAAGGACCCAAAGGUGACCAAGGUGACAGAGGGGACAGAGGCCCCACAGCCCGAGGCCUCAAAGGACUCCCGGGCGCUCCUGGUCUGCCAGGCCAGCCUGGCCGGUCGGCGUUUGGCAGCGACGGGCACGAUGGCUCCCGAGGGCCUCGUGGGGCUCCUGGAAUUCCCGGUGUCCCCGGCCCACCGGGACCCCCGGGACUCGCUGGAUACUGUGAGCCGUCACAGUGCGUACUUGCUGCCGUGGUGGCGCCGGUAGUAGGGGCCAAAGACUCUGCCAUGAAGGGUCCCACCGACAUGUGAGCGAGAAGCGGAGCACCACCAACAGAGACGCAUGAAAAAGUUGCCUUUUAUGUACGCUGUAAAUUUGAAUUGUCAAUACACGCAAUACUUGUCUUUGGUUCAAAAAUGUUUCACUGCUUUUAUUUAUUCCAGCGACGUUCCACAGAAAAUAAAAGACA